GACAGGAAGACACUUACCAUGAUCUGGCCUGGGCAUCACUUCUCCAGGUGCCAUGAGGACGUGUCCUUGCUCAGUACACAUGUGCCACUCUUCUCACUCAUGUCAUCUGGAGAUGAGCAUUUACUCUCCAACUUGAGGAGCCAAGUACCAGCUCGUGCCGUGGUAAAGCAGCCUCUCCGUGGAGCCAGUGGCAGGACCACAGUCACAGCCAUUGUUCAGACUGGUGGGGACUGGAGCACCGGACUCUUCAAUGUCUGCAGAGAUAGAAAAAUCUGUUUCUGUGGUCUCUUUUGUCCCAUGUGUCUUGAGUGUGACAUUGCCAGGCAUUAUGGAGAGUGUCUUUGUUGGCCACUGUUACCAGGGUCUACCUUUGCAUUGAGAAUUGGCACCAGAGAGAGACAUAAAAUACAGGGGACACUCUGUGAAGAUUGGAUGGUGGUGCAUUGCUGCUGGCCUUUCUCCGUCUGUCAGAUGGCCCGAGAACUCAAGAUUAGAACCUCCCAACUCUACGAAAUCUGUGCAGUCCAAGCACCCAAGGACACCCUGGUUUGAUAGCACCCAUCCUGCCCUCACUAUUCUACACCUUCUUCUCAAACCU